AUGGUUCAGGGGGAUGAACGCUUCAAGUUUGCUUUCUUCUACUUGUGCCUUAAUUCUUCUACCUUCUUUAUUUCUUUCUUUCUCUUACUCUCUCUUUUUUCCCUUCCUUUUUUUCUCAUGCUCUCUUCACCUUGCUUACUUCCGCAUUCCCCCCAUCACUCCUAUUACACGCUUUGUUUUCUUUCUACGGCUCUUUUGUUCUCUAUUAUUUAUAAAAGAUACCACUUUCUCUCUUUCUUCCUGCCUUCUCCUCUUCCAUUUUUUCUCACCAUUUUUUCUUGUACUUCAUCUUCUCUCUCAUUCUUACUUUAUUCUUUCAUUGUCUUUUCUCUCACGACUACUUUUAUGGUUUUUCCCUUUUCUUUCUCACUCUCCCCCUCUCUCUCUCUCUCUCUCUCUCUCCCUCCCUCCCUGGCUAUCUUUUACCUUCUCUCUCGACUUUCUAACACUCUUCACUCUCAUUUUCUCUCUGUUUGUUUCUUUUCUUCUGUUUCCCGUUUCUCCCUGGUUCCUCGCUCAGUCUCUCUCUCUCUCUCUCUCUCUCUCUCUCUCUCUCUCUCUCUCUGUCAAUUUUUUCAUCUAUCUAUCUAUCUAACUAUACAUCUAUAUAUCUAUCUAUCUCAGUCUGCUCCUAUCUAUCUAUCUAUCUAUACAUCUAUCUAUCUAUCUCACUAUGCUGAUAUCUAUCUAUCUAUCUUUGAUUUUGUAUUAUUUAUCGGCCGAUUACUUACACACUCGCUGUCUCUCUCUUUCUCUUUCUCUUUCUCUCGCUGUGUUUGUUCAUAUCUAUCUAUCUAUCUAUCUAUCUAUCUAUCUAUCUAUCUAUCUAUCUAUCUAUCUAUCUAUGCUCGUGUCUAUCUAUCGAUCUAUCUAUCUUUGAUUCUGAAUUCUUUAUCAGUCGAUCGCUUACACUCACUGAGUCUGUCUCUCUCACUCUGUCACCCUCUUUCUCUCUCUGAAUCUGUUCAUAUCUAUCUAUCUAUCCAUCUGUUUAUUUAA